GGUCCUUGUCGAAACUAUCACAAUCUCACCAAACGUUCUCCAGUGAACACCAGGAGUAAAAAAAAACAAAAUGGCAUCAAUUAAAGUGGUGUGUUUGUUUGUUGUAUUAUUCGGAGCGGCCAUGGCUCAGCCCUCCAAAGAAGGAUUUUGGAAAGGAACGCCCAUGGACGGCAUGGUCGAGGAGAUGAGAUCUGGCUGCGCUGAAGGAUCCGACCCAACAGCAUGCAUUAAAUACAAGGUUAUGUCCUUGUUAGACAGUAUCUUCAAGAAGGACACUUUCCAGAUCUCAGAUACCGUCGAAGUCACUAAGAACGGUGCAGGUAACGAAGCCACCGGUCGUUCUACUGGCGAUUUCAUGGACUCCAUCGAAAACUACAUCCAAUCUCACGAUGUUACCUUCCAAUUGCCUAUCGCUGACACUAAGGUCACAGUGAGCCCUAGAAACCUUGAUAGCGAUGAACUUAGCCUAAACAUCAAGUUCAACAAGGAAGGCGCACGCUCAGUCGGCGAGGCUCGCAAGGCUAAGCUCAAGAAGAUCAUUGUCCCCAUCCUGGUGUUCGUUCUCCUCAAGGCCAUGACUCUCAUCCCUCUAGCUAUUGGAGUCCUCGGUCUGAAGGCUUGGAACGCUCUGCAGCUUUCGUUCUUCUCUUUCGUCGUAUCCGUCGCUCUGGCCAUCUUCCAGCUCUGCAAGAAGUUUACCCAGAUUGCUGCGGACAACUCGCACCCGCAGAUCGCCGCUCACGGACCAUGGGAUGCCGCCUACGCCGCCACUCGUCAUAGAAGAGACGCCGAGCCCCAAGAAUUGGCUCAGGAACUCGCUUACAACGCAUAUCACUAAACAGUCCUUGAAGACGAUAUGAGGGAAAAUACCAAACGAAGGAGACCUCUUUUAGCAUAUUUAAGGAACUGGCCCUCAUAUCUUCGUAUACUGGAUAACGAUAACCGACCGAUGAUAACCCGACAGCCGUCUGUUUGUCUCCUCGAUCAAGCAAACGGGUACAAACCAAAAAGGUUUUUCGAAACCAUGUAUGUAAAUAGUGUGGAAAUAUUAUUUAUUUAAUUGUGUGCGUGAAUGUGAUGUGUGAUUGUUAUUUAUUGUUUAAAUAAAUCAUUUUUU